GAUGACGCCCAACGCCUGCGCCUGGCGCACCAGCACAGUACGUCAACCGAGGCGUAUUUCGUAUGUGCCAGCGGCCUACGUUCUCUCCGUGACGCUACGUACAGCGGACGGUGGCCGAGAGAGGGAGCGUUUCCUCCCCGCGCUCAGGAUGCCGCUGGCUCCCGCUGGGCCCGCGCAGCUGGUGCGCUGCGGGCAGAAGGAUGAGGUGUACCGGAGCGGCUUGCGGAGCGGGGCCGGGGCAGCGCUGCACGGGCUGGCGGGUGCUAAGAAAUGGUUGGAAUGGAGGAAAGAGAUUGAACUUCUUUCUGAUGUAGCAUACUUCAGCCUCACCACUUUUUCAGGUUAUCAAACUCUUGGUGAAGAAUAUGUUAAUAUUGUCCAAGUUGAUUCUUCCAAGAAGAGAAUCCCUUCUCUGCUUCGACGGGCCAUUUUGAUUUCUCUUCAUACUGUUGUGCCUUAUUUGUUGGACAAAGGAUUAAUCCAUCUGGAACAUGAGUUGCAGAUAGAAACUGGUGGAUCUAGAACCUUGCAAAGCAAUGGUCUAUGCGGCAGGACUUUGGUACGAAGCUGGGUGCAGAAACAAGUUGGCAGGCUGACAGAACAGCAGAAGAAAACCCUUUUACAAACUGUGCAUAUCCUCAAGCAGUAUAUUCCCCUGCUCCGUAGGUUGCAUCUGGCAGUAUUUUAUAUAAAUGGCAUCUUCUAUCACAUCUCUAAAAGGAUCACUGGAAUAUCUUAUCUUCGUGCUCCAGGAUUGCCUGGAGAUGAUCAGAGCGUUCGAUCAAGUUACAAGCUUCUUGGGAUAGUGUCACUGCUGCAUCUUGUACUAACAGUUGGUGUUCAGAUAUACAGCUUCCAACAAAGGCAGAGGGCAAGGCAGGAGUGGAAAUUACACCGCAACCUCUCAUAUCCAAAAAAUCAGACAGAGGAAAAAUCUGUUAUACGCAGUUCCCGAUGCACAUUGUGCUUGGAAAAACGUAGGCAUGCAACAGCCACUCCCUGUGGCCACCUGUUCUGUUGGGAAUGCAUCACAGAGUGGUGUAACACCAAAGCGGAGUGUCCAUUAUGUAGAGAGAAAUUUCAUCCUCAGAAACUGAUCUAUCUGCGGCAUUAUCGAUAACUGUAUCAAGCCACUACUUUUGCCCCUGACAAGAUCCUAAGCUUAUCUAUCCUUAUUAGCCAACAUGGCCAUAAUACAGUUUGGCUUAAUCCAUGAGCAAGAUUUUGAGCCUAAAUCUUUUUAUAAAACUUAACUGUUUUUACAGCUUGUAAAAAGGUGAUGUUUCUCAUUCCUGUUACAAAAUAAACUUGAAGUACUUCGGUCCA